AUGGCCGCCAUGCAGUUAGCCCUGACCAACUUAAAAGAUAGGUGCAACGCUCUCGAAAGGGAGAACAAACUAUUAAAACGUCAGCUGGCAGAUAAAAAGACUCUAGAUAAUUUUGAAUCAUUUGUGUAUAAUAAUAGCAACAAUGUUAAUGAUAUUGAUAAGAAAAAUACAAAUAAUAAUCGCAAAAAUAUUGGCUACCUGAAAAAUAAAUCCAUAAUUAACUUCACAGCUCAUGAUUUAUCAGACAAUCCUAAUCAAAAAACAACAUUCACUAAUAAUAACAACAAUAAUCAACCUGUGGACCCCAAUGUCCAUUCGAUAGUCACAAACAUUUGCGAGCAGUUAAACAUUAUUGGCCUCCAAAUGGAGAGCUUACUGUUAGAUUACAACGAAAUAAAUAAUAAAGAUGAGCUACUGAUGCUCAGUGAUACAAUGGAGGAACAUGUUAUACCUAGACUGUGUAAAAUUAAUUUAAAAAGACAUGAAUCUGACCAUAACAAUAAUAAUAAUAAUGUUAAAGAUGUUGAUGAUGAACAUGGGGAUGAAAUGAAGAGAGAGAAUGAUGAAGAAGAAGAGGAGGAGGAUGAAGAUACAUUAAAAAUACCAACGGUUGACAUUAGAAAACUACACAGAACAUUAAGACUUCAGAAUCAACUGCUGAAAAACAUCCAAACGUACAUUGCCGUCUGCAAUACCAUAGCUGCAGACAACAAAUCAUCGUCAUCGUCUUCAUCAACGUCGACAAUGUUGCCAACAUUUGAAGGGUGGACCGUGUUAAAUAAAUGA